AUGCCAGGCCGUCUCGAGAACAAAAUCGCCGUCAUAACCGGAUCCUCAUCUGGAAUCGGGCGCGCCAUCGCCCUGACCUUUGCCUCUGAGGGCGCCCGCAUUGUCUGUUCCGACCUGACCGAGUCCUUCCGCCCCGAAUACCGCACCGACGCCUCCCCCCUCACCACAGUCCAGGAAAUCGAGAAACUGGGCGGCAAAGCCAUAUUUGUGAAAUGCGACACCACCUCGGCGUCGGAUAUGCAGGGCCUGAUUGCCACGGCUGUGGAGACGUAUGGGCGCGUGGACAUUAUGGUGAAUAAUGCAGGCAUGAGUGUGGAGAGUGGGGGUGGACAUGGUCCGCGGCCUGUGUGGGAGUUUGAGGAGCGCGCGUUUGAGCGGACGUUUGAGGUUAAUGUCAAGGGCGUGUUUUUGGGGUUGAAAUAUGCUACGGCGCAGAUGAUCAAGCAGGAUGCACAUGCGAGUGGAGAUCGUGGCUGGAUUAUCAAUCUAGCAAGUGUAUAUGGAUACAACGCUUCACCGGGAUUGUCCGCGUACGUCCCCUCCAAACACGCCGUCCUCGGCCUCACCAAAACCGCAGCCCUAGACUGCGCCCCCCACCUCAUCCACGUCAACGCCCUAUGUCCGGGCUACACGCAAACCGCGCUGAUCCACGGCCUUCUCGCCCCCGAAGCCGCAGCCCACAAAGCCGCGCUCGAGGCCCAUCAUCCGCUUAGGGGCCUUGGUGAACCGGGCGAUGUUGCUGCUGCGGCUGUGUUUUUAGCGAGUGCGGAGGCGCGCUGGGUUACGGGGGUGGGGUUGCCGGUGGAUGGGGGGUUUUGUUGUGUGUAG